UUUCAUUGUUGCAUAAAGAAAAAUCACGCUUCUCGUCUCGUUAAUAUAAAAAAAUGGUUCAAUUCGCAAGUUAUGCAAAUGCUACCUUUGAUAAGACUAAUUUCAAGGAAAAGCAAAAGCCAUCUCAUAUUAGAGAGAGCAAUAUUAUAGCUGCUAAAGCUAUUGCAGAUUCUAUAAGGACUAGUUUAGGACCAAGGGGUAUGGAUAAAAUGAUAAAAUCGAAAAAUGGAGAUGUUACCAUAACCAAUGAUGGUGCUACCAUUUUAAAACAAAUGCAAGUUAUUCAUCCUGCAGCAAAAAUGUUGGUUGAAUUAGCUAAAGCUCAAGAUAUUGAGGCAGGGGAUGGUACAACUACUGUUGUAAUUCUAGCAGGUAGCCUUUUAGAAGCUGCUGGAAAUAAAUUAUUGGACAAAGCUGACCUUCAUCCCACUCUUGUUAGUGAAGCAUUUGGUCGUGCUUCUAUUCAAGCUUGUAAAAUAUUAGAAAGUAUGUCGAUUCCAGUUAAAAUGUCAGAUCGUCAAACUCUUAUAAAAUGUGCAUCAACUGCCCUAAAUUCUAAGAUGGUGUCACAAUAUUCAAACAUACUUGCACCAAUAGCAGUAGAUGCUAUAUUUAAGAUAACUGAUCCUGAAAUAGCAACGAAUGUUGAUUUAAAAGAUAUCAAAAUCAUAACAAAAUUAGGUGGCACAUUAGAAGAUACAGAAUUGGUUGAUGGUGUAGUUUUUAUUCAAAACUUUAGUGGUGGUAGUGGUGCUCCAAGCAAGAUUGAAAAGGCUAAAAUAGGAUUGAUACAAUUUUGCAUAUCACCUCCUAAAACAGAUAUGGAAAGCAAUGUGAUUGUAUCUGAUUAUGCACAAAUGGACAGAGUUUUGAAAGAAGAAAGGACCUAUAUACUCAACAUUGCAAAACAGAUUAAAAAGGCUGGUUGUAGUGUGUUACUUCUUCAAAAAUCAAUUUUAAGAGAUGCUAUUAGUGAACUAGCAUUACAUUAUUUUGCCAAGAUGAAAAUAUUGGUUUUAAAAGAUAUAGAACGAGACGAUGUAGAAUUUGUUUGCAAGAGUUUAGGUUGUAAACCCAUUGCAAGUUUAGACCAUUUUACUCCUGAAAUGUUGGGUUCUGCUGAUUUGGUUGAGCAAAUUAAUACAGAUGAUAAUUCCAAAUUAAUAAAGAUCACUGGUAUAUCUAACCCAGGUCAAACUGUCACUAUAUUAGUCAGAGGAAGUAACAAGCUAAUCUUGGAUGAAGCUGAAAGAUCUCUCCAUGAUUCACUUUGCGUUCUUAGAUGCUUGGUCAAGCAAAAAGCUCUGAUAGCUGGAGGUGGCGCCCCCGAAAUUGAAAUCCGUCUCCGUCUUCCAGAGAUAAGCAAGAAUGAUGAAACAACGACUCCAGUGGAACGUGUCUGUUUUGAGGCCUUUGCUCGUGCGCUGGAAGUUAUACCCAUCACGCUUGCAGAAAACGCUGGGCUUGAUCCAGUUCAUGCGCUUACUGAUCUCAAAGCCAGACAUGCUGAAGACGUCAAUGCAGGCCUUAACGUUAGAAAGGGAACUAUAACAAACAUGCUGGAGGAGAAUGUGUUGCAGCCAUUGUUAGUUUCCACAAGUGCUAUUAGAUUAGCUACUGAGACUGUUGUCAGCAUUUUGAAAAUUGAUGACAUAGUACAAGGCCGAUAGGGAGGAAUACAGCAGAUCAUAGUUUUUCAAAUACAUUAGGCCUAAAUUUUUUUGUGAAACAUCAUUUGCUAUUUCAUUAAUUUUUUUUAUUCAAUUUUAAAUUACUCAAAUGUAUUAUAUGUUUUUUUGUCAUAUUUAGCCGCUGUUGUUUAUAAAUAAAAGAUUUUCGGGUAACGUUGAAUCCAUGG